AGCGCUGCGUUGCACCACCAUUGUCCACAGCGCUCCUUCUUCGCAAGUCGACAGAAACGUCACAGACACUCGUUUCAGCGAACAAGGGAUACAACACUAUUUGCGGAGCCCCUUCGAUAGCCUUCUGUGUUAUUGCUGCCGUUUCGUCCUCGGCAGCGCUGCUUGCUGCCUCUAGCUCCUGAUUUGUAGUUGUACUGUCUCAUCCGAGUCAUCAUGCGCUGCUCCCGUCUGCUGCGCACGGCAACGCCGGAGAAGUUUUCCAUCCUGGGCACCACUUUACCCAAGCCGAAGCGCAACGGUAUGGGCCGUGAUAACAAGAUGCGCAGUAAGCCGAGCGAUAACGUGGCGUGGUACGACAAAGGUCCUGUCGAGUGGCUGCCACGGCCGGUGCGUCUUACCUACGAUCAGCUGGAUCAGCUGCGCGACUGGAUGAUGAAGGAAACCAUCGCCGGACGCACGGAGGAGCUCAACAAGAUCCGUCACCUCCACCGGGAGUGGUCUCAGCAUCCCCUCAUGCCGAUGCUGGGCGACGUGGAACCGAAGUUUCCGUUGAAUUUGUACAAGCAGAACCACCGCGCCAAGCACCGCUUUCUUGUGCGCUGGCAUAAGGCGAAUAGUCCGACCUACUGGAUGUGGAUGCCCCGUGGUCCUGCGGUGGCGACGCCGCUACAUCGUAGCAGUCCGUCCCAGUUCCCAGAGCAGUGGAAGCAGCUAGCUCGUAACGCCAGUAGCACCGCCACAAAGUAA